AUGUUCGUGGUUGUCGACGGAAAGCUACCUGGACGUCUCCCAGAACGACCAGUCCCACGCAGACGAAGUGGCCAGGAUUGCGCCACCAUUAAGUCCGGUGUUGUACGACGAAGGAGGCUGUCGUCAAUCGCAGCCGAAACCGAAGGCCAGUGUCCCGGAGUUGGACCAGCGGCCGCAGUGAACCUGACCGUGUCAGGAAGUGCCCGGAACCGUGCUACGUUCCGCGGACAGCGAAGAGCAGGAGCUGCUCGAGAUUUGGACAUCCCAGGACCUCUCGGGUUUAUCCCAAGUUUCCCCCCGUGA